AGCGAUAGUCGCCCGGCUAGCUCAGUCGGUAGAGCAUGAGACUCUUAAUCUCAGGGUCGUGGGUUCGAGCCCCACGUUGGGCGCAUUUGUUUUUCCUCCAUUCUUUAGAAUGCCAAUUUUACGUGGUAAUAACGCUUGUACCUUAGUUAUCUUCCGUAACGGUCGGAAAAUGGUCGUUCAAAUUCUUAUUCUAAUUCUAAAUUAUUAAUGAAAUUGAGGAAUUUUACAUGUACAGUACGUUAUUAUUCGUGCGAUACCAAGGGGGUUGGGGGGGGGGCGCUACUUAUCUAAAUUUACACAUUACCCGAAGAAGACUCGAAGCGAGUCGCAGUUUGAUGACGUUGACACUCGCGGUGGGAAAAUGGAGAGAAAACACAUGUCAGCUUUCUCCCUGUAUCAAAUGAUAGAAACUGAAUCGCCAUCUCCUGCUAAGAAGCGUUCAUUUCAGGUGACAUAUAAGAAAAAGAAAGAGAAUGGCAUUGAAAUUGUAAAUUAUGCAACACAGGGGAAAAAGAGGAAAAAGAAAGCCAGGAAUCAUGCAGCAGAGGUUUCAAUACAGGGACUGACUGAACUGGAGUGUGUAAACGGCGGAGAGGAGGCACUGACUGUGUUACUGGCUGAGCUGGCAAAAAUCAACAACAGCAAGGAGCGUGCCAGCAAGCUUUUCCAGUGGCUGAUCAACCCUCUUCCCGCCAAGGCCUUCUUCAGGGAAACAUGGGAGAAGAAACCCGUUCUUGUCCAGCGUAAAAAUCCAGAUUACUACAAGGGAUUAUUCUCCACUGAAGAGUUUGAUCGCAUUCUUCGAGAGGAGGAUGUUCAGUAUGGAGUGAAUCUAGAUGUCACAAGCUACACAGACAACAAGAGGGAAACACACAACCCCCCCGGAAGAGCUCUGCCAUUUACUGUGUGGGACUUCUAUGAGAAUGGGUGCUCUCUCCGUAUGCUGAAUCCUCAGGCGUUCUCCUCCACCAUGUGGAAUGUGCUGUCCAUCCUGCAGGAGUAUUUUGGCAGCAUGGCAGGCGCCAAUGUCUACUUGACGCCGCCCGCAACGCAAGGAUUCGCCCCACAUUAUGACGACAUCGAGGCAUUUGUGAUUCAGCUGGAGGGAAAGAAGCACUGGAGGGUCUACAACCCAAGGUCAGAUGAUGAAGUCCUGCCCGUGCUUUCAAGCCCAAACUUUGACCAGUCAGAGAUUGGGAAACCCAUUCUGGAAGUGGUGCUGGAGGCAGGAGAUCUGCUUUACUUUCCCCGAGGGUUCAUUCACCAGGGCGACUGCCUCCCAGACGCGCACUCCAUGCACAUCACCGUCUCCUCCUACCAGAAGAACAGCUGGGGAGAUUUGCUGCAGAAGAUGGUCCCAACCGCUCUUGAAAUCGCAAUGGAGGAGGAUGUCGAGUUCAGACAGGGUUUACCCCUGGACUACCUCUCAUACAUGGGCGUUCAAAACUCUGACAAGGAUGAUCCACGUAGGACAACAUUCUUCUCCAAAAUUGACCACCUAAUGAACAAGCUUAAGAAUUUCGCUCCAGUUGAUGCAACUGUGGAUAUUAAAGCCAGAGAUUUCCUUCAUGACUGCUUACCUCCAAAGCUCACUGCAGAGGAAGCAGCCAACAGUGUGCAUGGAGCGCCUGCUCGGUGGGAAGGGGGGAGUGUAAGGGCUGCAGGCGCACACAUCACAAGCCAGACUGGAGUCGGACUCCUCCGAGCAGGAUGUGCUCGGCUAUGCAGCGAUGGAGAUGCUGUCCAUCUUUUCUACACCACCGAAAACUCAAGAGUUUAUCACAAAGAGGAGCUGAAAAGCUUUGAAAUAAAACCUGAGGUAGAUAAGUUUGGACUAUUCUCACUUGUCUUUUUGACUUGUUUUAAGUCUUCUCAAAAUCUAUCCCUUCUCCAGCACACAGAUGCAGUAGAGUUUGUGAUCCAUUCAUAUCCCAAGUUUGUGACUGUGGGAAGUUUCCCAUGUGAUUCUCUACAGGAGAAGAUCUCUUUGGCCAAGCUGCUUUUUAAGAAGGGGGUCAUCCAGAAGGAAUUACUUCAGUAGUAGCAACACAUUUUUCAGAAAAGAGAAUUUGGAGAACUCAAAAAUGGUCUCGUGUACACAACCACCUAACUUAAUUUUGCUUUCCCCAAACUAUGAAGCAGUAUUAGGGCCACACUGAAAAACAAGUCAUAAUAUUACAGGAAUUAAGUUGUAAUUUAAAUGUGCGGAUGCUAAAUUUCCCAAACAAGUUUGAGACCAGCAGCUGCUGUCCAUCUCUAAAGAACUGACAUACAGUACAUUGAUUAGGUAAUAACAUUGUUUUUAACGUGUUAAAAACAUUUCUGGUUGAUAAUUGAACCCACCAAGAGGCCAUUUCAGUUUGUGUAGUUCUUUCUCAGGAACAGACAAACAAUUAGUCACGUUAAACUGACAGUGUUUUACAAAAAAAAAAUAGAUUUUCAUUGUUUCUAUCAUCCCUUUCAUAUAGCUGAUGGCUAUUUUUCUAAAAACAAUUUUUCCUAAUUUUCCUACAAUUGAAGCCAGAUAUUUACAUACACUUUAUAAAUGUUUUUUCCCUCACUAAGAUGAAAUCAGACAAAACUUUUCGUUUUACGUCAAAUUAGUAUUAAAACAAUUUCCAUUUUCUAAAUACCAGCGUAAUAACAGGAUUUUUGAAAGACAAAUUUUCUUUGCUUUCUUUAAAGUCAGAAGUUUGCAAUCAUUUUGUGUUGCGUUUAGUGUUUGGUACCAUUGCCUUUAAACUGUAUGACUUGGCUCAAACAGUUUGGAUACCAUUCCACAAACUCUGAGGAUAUCUUGAGAUGUUGCUUCAUUAUUUCCACGUACUGUUCUUUAUGAUGCCAUCUAUUUUGUGAAGUGCACCAGUCCCUCCGAAAGUUAAGCAACCCCACAACAUAAUGCCGCCAUCCCCAUAUUUCAAAUUUGAGUUGGUGUUCUCAAGCUUGCAAGCUUCCCCCUUUUUCCUCAACAUAAUGCCGCCAUCCCCAUAUUUCAAAUUUGAGUUGGUGUUCUCAAGCUUGCAAGCUUCCCCCUUUUUCCUCCAAACGUAACAGUUAAAUUGUAGGGUAGUCAGACCACAGGACAUGUCUAAAUAUUAAUGUCUUUGUCCCUUUGUGUAUUUGCAAAAUGUAAUCUUGCUUUUUAAAAAUGUUGAAUUUUGACUAAUGGCUUCUUCCUGGCAGAAUGACAAUGUAGAUCAUAUAUGAACACUAAAUGUGACCUUAUUCUCCAAAUCUGUGAACUCAUCUGCACAUCUGAAGCGCAUCAUAAAUGUUGAAACCGAGCAACUGUGUCUUGUCCAGUAUCAGAUAUUUUUUUUUUAAUAAAAAGAAAACAUGA